GAGCCCUCCAGUGAUCAAGCUGAACUCGGUGGUGCUGAGGGAGGCUGAGUGGACUAUCCCUGUUGGUACCUCAUCUUUCACCUUGACCUGUGAGGGCUACAGCACAGUUACCUGGUCUACCACAGCAUUCAAACUCAUGAGGAAUACUAGAUUGGGGAGUGUGAUUACCACCAGGCGCCUUACAGUAGACUACACUGGCACAUACAAGUGCAUGUAUGAGAACCAACCAGACCUCAGCUCAGAGGUCCACAUCUAUGUGAAAGAUCCCCAUAACAUCUUGGUGACCCCUCGAACCCUGGGAGAUGUGAAGGAGGGCAGUGAUGUUCUCCUCUGUCAGCUGACAAACCCCAUAGCCACCGACCUAUCCGUCCGUAUGGCCAACGGAGACCCUACACCSCCCGACAUGAACUACACUGUCAACCCAAAGAGAGGAAUCCUCAUCCGACAUCUUCUGACCAGCCACAGCGCAGACUACGUCUGCAGUGCAAAGAUCGAUGGGGUCACGAGAGUCUCCAAAGUUGUCCCCAUCUUCGUCAUUCAAAGGUUGCGUUUGCCCCCAUCUGUGCUAAUUGAGGUAGAUGGGUAUGUUCGUAUUGUCGGAGAGCAGCUCCUGAUCCCCUGCAUCACCAGCAACCCUAACCACUUCUACAACGUGACGUGGAAACACUCCUCCCUCAAAGCAUUGGACUUUUCACAUAAAAUGAUACAAGAGGACCAGAGUAAUCAAGUGCACAUCACCAGUAGUGUGACUAUCCCAGCUGUGGCCAUGUCUCACACAGGAAACUUCACCUGUACAGCCAUGAAUGAGGCUGGGUUCAACAGCUCCACCACCUACCUGCAGGUUGUAGAUAAGCCUUACAUUAGGCUCAUACCCCGCCUGUCACCAGAUCUCUACUUAAAUGGCUCCUUAGUUGAAGUGAACGAAGGAGAAAACCUUGAGAUAAACAUUCAGAUCGAGGCGUAUCCCCAAAUCAAGGAGCAGUGGUGGGACAUCCCCAUGUCUCACAAUCACAACAUCUCCACUCAUGACGACACAUGGGCCGUCCGAUACAAUAACAGGUACGAGAGCAGCUUGCUGCUACAGAGAGUGAGGUCUGAGGAGAGAGGCCAGUACACCCUCCACACUAGGAGCGCAUGCCUCAAUGGCUCCAUCACCUUCAACGUCCAAGUCUACCAGAAACCCAGUGCCAUGGUCAGACUGAAGAAUGUUACCACCCUGACCUGCACCACCUCUGGAUACCCAGCUCCCACAAUCCUCUGGUACCAGUGCCCAGGAAUACAAAACACGUGUGAUGGUGACAAUGACACCGUGGAGUUGCAGCCUCUUCUCACCAGCACCAUGGAGGUGCAGAGUGAGCUGACCCUCAGUCCCUCAAGUACGGAGGUCACGGUGGAGUGUGUGACCUUUAACCUGGUUGGUAAAGAGCGGGACAUCUUCGUAUUGCGUGGCCCUGCUGCGAGUACAUCAACAUUUGUCACGCCCAAGCUGUUCACACCCACUUUCAUUGGAGCCACCAGCACAGCAGCCCUUCUCUUCCUUCUGCUUGUCAUUGUCCUGUACAAAUACAAGCAGAAACCCAAAUAUGAAGUCCGGUGGAAGAUCAUCGAGGCCAAUGAUGGGAAUAACUACACCUUUAUUGACCCUACACAACUUCCGUAUAACAAGAAGUGGGAGUUCCCUCGUGAUAAGCUGAGGCUUGGCCAGAUUCUGGGAGCAGGKGCUUUUGGGAAAGUAGUGGAGGCCACUGCCUACGGUCUGGGGACCGAUGACAACAUGACCACGCGCGUGGCAGUAAAGAUGCUCAAGCCAAGCGCCCACUCAGAAGAGAGAGAAGCUCUGAUGUCAGAACUGAAGAUCCUCAGUCACCUGGGAUCUCAUGACAACAUUGUUAACCUGUUAGGGGCGUGUACUCAAGGAGGCCCAAUGCUGAUGAUCACKGAGUACUGCAGCUAUGGCGACCUGCUGAACUUCUUGCAUGGCAAGGCCAAGCUGCUCCUGUACUCUAUCCCGAGCGGACCAGGGACUCCAGAGGUUCCACGGGUUCCAGAGAACAGUGAUCACUACAAGAACACAUGUGCACAGGAGUCCCGUGUAAGGAGUGACAGUGGGAUCUCCUGCUCCAGCUCACACAACUACCUGGACAUGCAUCCAGCGCAGAGACCCAAACACUGUCCUAUGGGUUCCCUAUGUGAGGAUCCAGAGACAGGCACCUGGUCGCUGGACAUAGAAGACUUGUUGAGGUUCUCCUCUCAGGUGGCUCAGGGAAUGGACUUCCUGGCAUCCAAAAAUUGCAUUCACAGGGACGUGGCGGCUAGGAACGUCCUCUUGACCGAUGGCCGUGUGGCUAAGAUCUGCGACUUUGGCCUCGCCAGAGACAUCGAGAAUGACUCCAACUAUGUGGUGAAAGGAAAUGCCCGUCUGCCAGUGAAAUGGAUGGCCCCUGAGAGCAUCUUUGAAUGUGUGUACACAGUGCAGAGUGACGUCUGGUCCUAUGGGAUACUGCUGUGGGAGAUCUUCUCUCUGGGUAAGAGCCCAUACCCUAAUGUUGUGGUGGACACCCGGUUCUACAAGAUGAUCAAAGAUGGAUGCUACAUGUCUCAGCCGGACUUUUCCCCUCCAGAAAUAUACACCAUCAUGAAGCUGUGCUGGAACCUGGACCCAACAGAGCGUCCAACCUUCAGUACCAUCGGCCAACUUAUCCAAAAGCUACUGCCUGACCAGCCAGACCAUACCUACAGGAAUGUGCAGGAUACGACUCCACAGCAGGAGGCAGGAGAGCAGGGGGACCCAGCUAAGAUGAAUGAGGAUUGUGAUCAGACACUGCACCAGGAGAGAGAGGAGCAUCCCCUGAUGAAAAAGAACAACUACCAGUUCUGCUGAGAGCACAUCAAGCCAUCAUCAAUGACUAUACAUUCACAUUAACAUGUGUCAAUCACAGGCAAGAGAUGGGUGGA